AGGAUGGCGGUCUACCCCCAGAGCUGCGUGGACUCCACAGUGCUCGACUUCGUCGCAGACUUAUCUUUGGCCUCCCCGGGGCACCCUCUCCUGUGCGACUUUGAGCCCGGGGUCUGUUUUGGAGACCCAGAUGUUGAAUUCCGAGAGGGAAGCCCCAGGAGACUGAUGCGCUUUGAAGAGAGGGAUCCAGAAGAAGAGGGUGAAGUGGAAGAGGAGGAGGAAGGAGAAGAAGAGGAAGAACACACAGCAGGUUCCUACCUGCUCUGUCGCCCCAAAAGGAAAAGAGUGAUCACCUACGCCCAGCGCCAGGCCGCCAACAUACGAGAGAGGAAGCGGAUGUUCAACCUGAACGAGGCCUUCGACCAGCUGAGGAGGAAGGUCCCCACUUUUGCCUAUGAGAAGAGGCUAUCCCGAAUCGAGACGCUCCGCCUGGCCAUCGUCUACAUUUCCUUCAUGACGGAACUCUUGGAGAGCUGUGAGCACAAACAGGUCGGCUGAGACUGGGUGGCCUGGAGGGGUCGGUCUCGUCCUGGCCUGAGAACACAAAAGCUGAGGGGUGUCAGGACCCGGCUGUGGAUGACUCCGCAAGACAACAUGUGGCAUUCUGCAGCCAGGUGUGGAUG